AUGUUCUUCACCGGUGUUAAUGAUAUUCUUAAUCAAGUGGUGCCAGCACAAAUUGAAAAUGCGCAUUUAGAAAUAGAGGCUCGAGAACGCCUUAAAGGUUUCUUCAUGAGUCACAAGGGACAUGACAACCGUUAUGGAUUCUGGAAUUCACUAAUUUUACGAACCCAAGAAUCUCUUGCGGCACAAGGAAGAUUAUUUAUGAUUAUAUUUGGACCCGUGAAAACAAACAGUCAGAAUAAAGUUAUAGACUGGGAAUUAUUGGCAAAUGAAACGAUCGAAAGUCAUAUUAUGUGUGAGGAAGUAAUCGGACCUUUAUCGUUUAGUCUCAAUAGUAUGAUUAGCGAUGUUAAUUUAGGAAACUAUGCUUGGAGUGAUCAUAGUAUUUUCAAUCUGCUGGAAGAAAUUACUACUGUACCGAAUUCUUGGACUCUUGAUAAUUUUGCCUCACUUUUGAUUCUGAAACCACGACUUAUGUAUAUCGCCUUACAAUUUCGAAUAACAUAUAAUCUGGUCAACGAGGCAGCAGAUUUAUUUCACACAAUAAAUUCAGUUUUACAUCAUUGGGGUGUAUUCUACAUCGAAGCAGUGGCUAGUGUAAUACUGCAAAUAUUCCGAUCCUUAUCGAGCUCCCAGCGUCGCCAAUUUCUCUCAUCGUACUUAAUGAUUGAAGCACAGUCACUACAAGAAGCUUUAACAACUAAUCCUUUUGAUCGAGACUGCUUUUAUGUGGAAAUGGCUAUUCGACGAGCUGUUUCUCCUUUUAUACUAUUGUUGGCGACCAGUAUAUGA